GCGUUGAAGGCCGUUGUGGUCAGUGGUUUUCUCUGUCCGCGGCCAGGACGGGUGUGGGUCCUGCUGCCGACAUGGCCGACCCGGACCCCCGCUACCCGCGCUCCUCGAUCGAGGAUGACUUCAACUACGGCAGCUGCGUGGCCUCUGCCAGCUUGCACAUCCGGAUGGCCUUUCUAAGAAAAGUAUACAGCAUCCUUUCCCUGCAAGUCCUUUUAACCACAGUGACCUCUGCAAUCUUCUUAUACUGUGAACCCAUGAGGGUAUAUGUUCAUGCAAGUCCUGCCAUAAUUUUGGUGUCUGCUCUUGGAUCUCUGGGCAUGAUAUUUGCAUUGAUUUUAAACAGACACAAGCAUCCCCUGAACCUGUAUCUUCUUUUUGGAUUUACACUGUUGGAAGCUCUGACUGUGGGCGUUGUUGUUACUUUCUAUGAUGUAUAUAUUAUUCUGCAAGCCUUUAUACUGACUACCGCAGUAUUUCUUGGUCUAACUGCAUAUACUCUGCAAUCCAAGAGAGAUUUCAGCAAAUUUGGAGCAGGGCUGUUUGCUGCUUUGUGGAUUUUAUGCUUGGUAGGAAUCUUGAAGUCAUUCUUUCACAGUGAGACAGUGGAGCUGGUCGUGGCUGCUGGAGGAGCCCUGCUUUUCUGCGGCUUCAUCAUCUACGACACCCACUCACUGAUGCAUAAACUGUCACCAGAAGAGUAUGUGUUGGCUGCCAUCAGCCUCUACUUGGAUAUUAUCAAUCUGUUUCUGCACCUGCUACGUUUUCUGGAAGCAAUUAACAAAAAGUAACUGAAGGCCAUCUCUAAAAACUGUUUCAUGAUGUAAUAAAGCUCAAGAUAUAAUUAAA